UAGACAGUUAAACGCUCAAACUGUCAUCUCAUCGGAUUCCGCUAAUCGUACGCGCAAACUUAUUCACUUCACCAUCUCCGAUUUGCCUUCGCUUCUAAGAAAACAAAAACAAUAAAAACCCUAAAUUCCCAAUUUCAGAAAUCUCAACGAUUAAGAAAUCACAAAGAAGAAAUCAAAUCCAUUCAUGGCUUCCCAAAACCCUGGCUAUAGAAAUUCCUUAUAUCCGGAGGUCAUCCAGUCCAAUCCCGAAGCUUCCUCUCUCCGGCACCACCAAAUCCCUAACUCUUCCUCUCCGGCGACCUCCAAUCUUUAUCCCUCGAUCGACAUGAACGAAUUCGUCGAGAAUCUAUUCCCGGAGUCCUCGACGGUGUCGAGCCCUCCGUCGGCGCCGCCGGAGGCCACCGAGGAGGUGGUCGUCAGGAUUCCCGGCGCGAUUCUUCACCUGAUCGACAAGCACUACAGUGUCCAGCUCGCCUCCGGCGAUUUCGCCGUCGUGCGGCUCCGCCAGGGCGAGAACGUCGUCGCGGUUCUCGCCCGAGUCGGGGACGAGAUCCAGUGGCCUCUGGCGAAGGACGAGGCCGCCGUGAAGCUCGACGAUUCGCAUUACUUCUUCGCGCUGCGGAUUCCGGCGGAUCAUCGGUUGGAUUCGGACUCGAGCGAUGAGGAGAGUGGGGGGAAGAGGAAGGGGAAGAAAUCCGACGGCGACGGUGGUGUUCGCGAUGAUGAUUUGUUGAAUUACGGAUUGACGAUCGCGUCGAAGGGGCAAGAGGCGUUGGUGAGGGAAUUGGACGCGGUUUUGGAGCAUUACAGUAGCUUCUCGGUGCAGCGGGUUUCGGAGGAGGCGAAAAGGGCGGGGGAGGUGGUGGAUGGUACGGUGGCGAUGGAGAUGUCGCCCGCAGAUUUGAAGACUAAGAAGAAGAAGAAGGAGCUGAUCGAAGAGCGGAGCGCAGCGUAUUGGACGACGCUGGCUCCGAAUGUGGAGGAAUAUAGUGGCACCGCGGCGAAGAUGAUCGCCGCCGGGUCCGGGCAGCUGAUUAGGGGGAUUCUGUGGUGCGGCGAUGUGACUGUGGAGAGGCUGAAAUGGGGGAAUGAGGUUAUGAAGACGAGGAUGAGUUCGCGCCCGGAUAAGGAGAUCAGUCCCCAAACGUUGAGGAGGAUUAAAAGGGUUAAGAGGGUGUCCAAAAUGACAGAGAAAGUAGCAAACGGAGUCCUUUCUGGGGUUGUUAAAGUGUCUGGAUUUUUUACAAGCUCAGUGGUGAAUUCAAAAGUGGGCAAGAAAUUUUUCAGCCUUCUUCCUGGAGAAAUUGUACUUGCAUCCCUGGAUGGAUUUAACAAGGUAUGUGAUGCUGUGGAAGUAUCUGGCAAAAACGUCAUGUCAACAUCAUCCUCUGUGACCACUGAACUGGUCUCCCACAGGUAUGGGGAACAAGCAGGCAAGGCAACGAAUGAAGGACUUAGUGCUGCUGGACAUGCUAUCGGCACUGCCUGGGCUGCGUUUAAGAUUCGGAAGGCAUUGAAUCCAAAAAGUGUGCUUAAACCUACUACUCUAGCCAAAACUGCUGCUAAAGCUGCAACUUCUGAGAUGAAGGCUAAGAAGAAUUCCAAGUAACUAAUGAUGGGAAUUUCCUAAUUACAUUCUCCUUUUCCACGCCUAAUCAAUCUUAGUUUCAUCAAAUGUUUCGUGCGGUAUUAAAGCUCUUAAUGUUUUGUUCAAGAUUGAGAAACAGAAUGUUCAUCUUCUUGUUGUUGUGCUUUAGGGAGAAACUACUUGUGCAUAUCUUUUCUUUCCUUUUCAGAAAUGGGAACAAGUUUUUAAUUUGUCCAAUUGAUUGUGCUGUUGUAGAACUAAAUUCAGGGCCCCUUCUACUUUUCGUUUUUGUA